AUCCCAUCCCAGGGGGCCUGGACACCACCCUCAUCUGCCCAGCUACUCUCCCAGAUCUCUCCAUCUCCGAGGCAAGGGCCCCCCGCUCCGGGUCAGCUCAGCACCCCACUCUGCUCCUGGGUUCUCCUCUCUCGAGUCCCUCCCUCCUCUUUUGCCUAUUGGAACUGGGGUGGGGCUUCUGGGUGGCUGAGCCCCGCCUCCCAUCCAAUCACAGUGCUUCCUCCCGGAGGCUGGGCCGAAGGGCUUCCUCCAAGCUGCUAGCCCUGUUAGUAGGCUCCCAGCUGGGGAUGAUGCGCUGCUGCUGCUGCUGCUGUCACCACCGGCAACCGCCCUGUGCGCUGGGGCUGUUGCUGUUGCUGCUGCUGUCGCCCCUCGCAGCAGCUGCAGCGGGCGCAGGCCGCUGCGACACCAUAUACCAGGGCUUUGCUGAGUGUCUCGUCCGCUUGGGAGACAGCAUGGGCCACGGAGGCGAACUGGAGACCAUCUGCAGGUCUUGGAAUGACUUCCACACCUGUGCCUCGCGAGUCCUAUUGGGCUGCCCAGAGGAGGCAGCCACCGUGUGGGAGUCACUACAGCAAGAAGCUCGCCGGGCCCCACACCCAGAUAACUUGCACACUCUCUGUGGCACCCCUGUGCGCCUUCAGGAGCGCGGGGUGGGCCCAGAGACCAACCAGGAAACCCUGCGGGCGACAGCGCCAAUGCCCACCCCGGCGCCCACUCCCCGGCUGCUGGCAGCUGCUCUGGCGCUGGCCUGCCUCCUGGGGCCCCUGGCCUAG